AUGGAAUCAUCAAUCCCAAGAACAUUCAGACUCUAUGAUGAGCUCGAAAAAGGAGAAAAAGGUCAACUAAGUGACCAAAGUGUAUCUUACGGUCUUGCAAAAGGUGAGGACAAGACUUUCACUGAAUGGAAUGGCACCAUUAUUGGUCCAGCCAACACCAACUUCGAUAACAGAAUCUACUUCUUAAGCAUCAAGUGUGGCCCUAACUAUCCUUCAUAGGCUCCAGAAGUUGCUUUCUUAUCUAAAAUUAAUCUUCCAUGUGUGAAUUAAACAAAUGGAAAGAUUGAUACAACCAAGUUUGCAGUGUUUGCCAACUGGAAAACAGAAUACAGCAUGGAGAAGAUUCUUAUUGCACUCAAGAAUGAAAUGAUCACUCACAAAAAGCUUGCUCAACCUGCUGAUGGCGAUAUGUUCUGA